AUGGUAAAUUGCUAUUUAGACUAAAGGCACACCUAGCGCAGGAAAGAGAAAUUCACAUACUCACACAGUGUGCAGAAGAUGUGGAAAAAGAGCUCUUCAUAAGCAAACUUUAGAAUGUGCAUCUUGUGGAUAUCCUAGUGCUAAAAUGAGACAUUACAACUGGGCACUUAAAACCCACAGAAGAAGAGGUGAAGGUACUGGAAGAAUGAGAUAUCUCAAAUCUAUUCCUCGCAGAGCUAAGAAUAGUUUCAGGGAAGGCACUACACCUGCAGCAAGGACAAAGCAUAUUAAGAAGUAA